AUGUUCCGUAAGAAAUGUUCAUUUGAGCUUUCAGCAGCGAAUGGAACACCGUUAGCUACAUACGGUAUGUUAUCUUUAAAGUUAGAUUUUGAACUUAGCAAAACCUUAUCAUGGAAUUUCGUGAUAGCAGAGGUGUCGCGUCCUAUUAUUGGUGUAGAUUUACUCGCUUAUUUCAAUCUCGCGAUUGAUGUUGAAAAGCAGAAAUAUCCAGACCUAACACGGCAGACUGCAUUAGGGGUGUGCAAACUUGUUACUCAACAUCAUAUUAAAACUACAUCAGGGCCACUUAUAGCAUAUAAACCACGUCGCCUUGCACCGGGUAAGUUAAAAGCUGCUAAAUAUGAGUUCGAAGAAAUGAUUAAAGCAGGGACAGCACGACCGUCCAAGAGCUGUUGGUCAUCGCCUUUACAUAUGGUAAUAUUUUCUACCAUCGAUUCAGUGAAAGCUUACAAUCAAAUCCCUGUAGCUGAGGAAGACAUUGCAAAUACUGCAAUCACUACGCCUUUCGGCCUAUUCGAAUUUCCGUUUAUGACACUUGGCUUACGCAAUGCAGCGCAAACUUUUCAGCGGUUCAUGGAUGAAAUUUUGCGAGGUUUGGACUUCUGUUAUGCAUACAUCGAUGAUAUAUUGGUUGCAUCGGAAUCGCACGAACAGCAUAUGAAGGUUAUGCAUUCCAUUUGGGCCAAGUUUCAAUUUCAUGCUGCUAAUUUUGGCAUUGGAGGCGAUAAAGUGGAAAAUGUUUUAUAUCGUAUUAAAACCGGCGAAUUUUCGAAUAAAAGAACUAAAAUAGUGGUUAUAGUGAUAGGAACCAACAACACAGAACACAACAAACCCUAUGAUAUUUAUGAAGGAAUUAUUAAUUGUGUAUGCCUCAUUGGAGAAUUACUUCCGAGAGAUGUUAAUAUGAAAUAA